AUGCAAAAGAGGCAGCUGCACUAUCCACAUCAUCAUCAUCAUUUCCAUCAUCAUCAUCUCCAACACCAGAAUUAUGUUCCAGUGACCCUUACACACAUUCGGCCUGUUGAAGAGAAGAGUAAUACGUCUAGUGUGGGUUCUUCUGAUAAUGUGCAGAAAUGGAUGGCGUUUGGUCUCAACAAGGAUGUUAUUUCCUCCGGCUCAUUAGGCACUCUACAACUACCAGCAACAUCACCAGGAGGAGCUGUGGUGGUUGUGGAAGAAGAAGAGGCGGCCGGUGUUGUAUACAGUGUGGAAGAAGAUAAUAAUAAUAAUAAUAAUAAUAAUAAUAAUAAAGAAAAAAGGAGGAGUGAGAAUGACGAGAUGGACUCUUCUAUUCGUCGACAGUUGAUCGCACUUUCAUCACGUGUUGGUCAUGCAAGAGAAGAGGAAAACUGUGUAGCCACACGCCGAGAGAGGCGUGGGAAAAACACUGAACAAACCCUCCAUACAAAUACAACAGGUAUUGCUAACAGUAAUAAUAAUAGUGGUAGUAGUAAUAACAGUAGUAGCCAUGAUAAUAACAGGAACAGGAAAACAAAUAUGAGUAGUGGAAAGAAACAUAACAGAGAGUCUGAUGGGGAGUUGGGGGAUCAUCAACCAUUAGUAAAAAGAAGUGCUGUCACUACUACAACUACUACAACUAAUCGAAGGAAGACUAUAGAAGAAGAAGGUGAAGAAGAAGAAGAGAAAGGAAAGAAAUCAUCAACUGCAGAAAAGAAGAAAAAAACAUCCAAUCGAAAAACUUCUACAUCUGCGGCUUCGAAACGUCAAUUGAAAGAGUCAACUCCUCCAACUUUGUUUAGUAUGCCAUCGGAUUCUUCUUCUGAAUCCCGUCAAGUGACAAUAUCAGUUCCAUUUAAGGAAAUAGAUGAUAAUAAUAUUAAUUAUUUAUUUAACGAUAUACAGGAUGCACUUAGUGAUCAAAAUCGUAUUCAAGCACCUACACUUUUUGUAGCCUUUAUUACACAUGAAGGAGAUACAAAUUUUUCCAUAUCUGCGAAUACGAAUGGUAAAGUUCAUUUUGUGCGAGGCGUUAAUCCUGAAAUGAGUCAUUUAAAAAUAAAAUCAUUUAUUCUUCGCUGGAAAGAUGAAGUAUUAGUUAUUCCUUCUACUCCAGGGUUAACUUUCCUAGUACGUGUUUUAGAAGAACUUCCUGGAGUUGAAAUUGUUACUUUUAAUGCUCCUUCAUUACUACUUUUACUACUCUCAUAUCGUCAAGGUAAACUCUUUACCUCCUGUAUUUCAGAUAUACGUCUAAUGGCAUGGAUGCUACAAACAUCAGAAGGUUCUGAUGCAUUUACAGAUUAUGAUGUACUUUUACAUUCAUCUCAUCAACAAAUAGGUCUUUCUGCAGGAUUUAGAAAUGUGAUUGGAUGUUCACUUAAACAAAUUGUUUGUCAUCGUGUUUAUUAUAUGGUACCUCUUUACCGUUCACUCUAUGGACAACUUGGAACUCUUGGAUUAUUACCAGCAUUUCUUAAACAAGAGAAACGUAUAUCUCUUCUUUGUGCAUCUAUGAAAUUAAAUGGAUUUACUGUUAAUAUGUCAGAAGUAGAAGGUUUUAAAUUACGUUGUGCUUCAAAAAUGGAAGAACUUCAAGCUUCUGCUCAGAAACUUCUUCCAUCUAUGCCAGAUUUUAAUCUGCAAAACUUAGAUGAAUGUAGAAUAGCUAUAUAUGAAGUUCUUCGUCUUGGUACAUAUCUUACACAUACAGAAUCUGAUGGAUCUAGUAGUUGUGCUGUAACUGUUACUAAAAGUGGUAAACUAUCAACUUCAGAAGAAACAUUAAAACUUUUAGCAUCUCAUCAUGAAUUUCCUCGUAUUCUUAUUGCGUACAGAAAAGCUGCAAAACUUCUUCAAACCUAUACUGUUGGGAUGAUGGAAACAGCUAUUCCUCUUGUAAAUGAUGAGGGAGAAUUUACAGAUCGUUGUAUCACGGAUGGUGGAAAUACAAAUACUAGUGAAAAAAAACUUGGUAAUGAGAAAACUGUGAGUGAUUCUAGUAUAAAAUGGGUUAAAUUGUAUCCUAAUUUUAUUCAAGAGGGUACGGAUACUGGACGACUUUCUUGUGUGGAGCCAAACUUGCAGAAUCUUCCACGUCCUCGUGUAAUUGAUGUUGAUGAUGCCCGUGUGGCCCAUGAGGCGGAGAUGGCUUCCUUUCGUCGCUGUUUUGCGGCCCCUGCCGGGUGUACACUUCUCUCUGUGGACUAUGAGCAGAUUGAACUCCGCGUGCUUGCGCAUCUCUCCGCGGACGCGGCCCUCGUGGAGGCCCUCACGCACGCCACCGACAUCCACCGCGCGAUUGCGGAGACGCUCUUCCGCAAGUCGCCUGUGAGCGGCGAUGAGCGGGCGCUGGCGAAGCGGGCGGUGUUCGGGACUCUCUACGGCGCCGGGCCCCGCACCCUCGCGGCCCAAAUGGGCGUCCCGCUCGAGCGGGCGAUGCGCGUCGCGGCGCUCUUCCGCGCGGCCUUCCCGCACGUCGCGGAGUUCCACCGGCGGGUGAUCGCGCAGUGCCGCGCCGACGGCGGCGUGCGGACGUUGAGUGGGCGGCGGCGGCGGCUGCAGGACAUCGACGAUCGCGUGAUGGGCCGCCGCGCCGGGGCCGAGCGGCAGGCAUUCAACACCGUCGUGCAGGGAAGUGCGGCGGAUGUGGUCAAGUUGGGCAUGCUCGCCGUCGAGCGGGAGGUGCUGCGGCCCCACGCCGGCGAAGUGAAACUGCUCGCGCAGAUCCACGACGAACUCGUGCUCGCCAUUCCCACAGAUAUGCUGCAGCGCAUAGUGCCUCUCGUUACGCAGAGCAUGGCUCACGCCGUCUCGCUCCUCGUGCCACUCCGCGUAACGGCCAAAGUGGGACGGUCACUGGGAGAAAUGGAGGAAUGGUCAGUAGAUCAUGAUUUGGGUAUUCGCGAAAUACCGUAA